ACAUCCCUAACGCGAACGCGAACCGAACUUCGUGCUUUUUGCAAGCAUGACCGCACUCUUUAACAAUGUUCAAAAAUAUUAGACUUGUAAAACAACUUAGCGGAGUAUCCCAACGUAAAUAUGGAAGUUUCCGAAGAACCAGGCUGUUCAGAGCAUCAUCGUCAGUUUUACCUCUACCUGAUGUGGAAGUCACCUGCCAGAGUAUAUGCUGCUCUGCCACGCUUAGAACAAAAACAAAUGAAGCCUUAAGCAACUCGGCUUCGCCAAAUCAAUCUACAGGGAAUCCACCAGAUCCUCCUGAUCCCCCUAUUGGUGAUAACAAAACAAAGCGAAAUGCUUUUCUAGCCAUAGGACUUAUCGUAUUAGCAGCAACUGUCUAUAAGUUUUCACCGUCAUCCAAAAGUAGUCCUACAGAUGUAUCUACAGAAAACAAAAGUAAAAAGAAAAGAGAGUUUCAAAGACCAAGAGAACAAGUCAAAGUUCCUGCCACCUCUGAUAAUAUUCCAGAUGAAAUUCCUUACCUCUUAGUCGGAGGUGGAACGGCAUCCUUCUCUGCUUUUCGUGCUAUUAAGUCACAUGAUCCCACUGCCAAGGUGUUAGUGAUAGGAAAUGAACCGUAUUAUCCUUACAUGCGACCUCCGCUUUCGAAAGAAAUCUGGUAUUCAGAUAACGAUCCGUCCAAUUUGACUUUCAAACAGUGGAAUGGAACUGAGAGAAGCCUGUAUUAUGAGCCGGAAGAUUUUUACACCAAAAUUGAAGACUUGGAGAAAGAUGCAGGUGGAGUUUCUGUUGCUCGAGGAUGGACGAUCGUCAAGGUUGAUCCCAAUGAAAGGAAAGCUAUUCUUGAGGAUGGCAAAGAAAUCAAGUACGAAAAGUGCCUCAUUGCCACUGGAGGAAAACCAAAAAAUCUCCCUGUUUUUGCAGAGGCCUCGGAUGAAAUAAAAAACAAGAUCACUCUGUUCAGAAAUGUGUUUGAUUAUGAGGAACUUUGUGAAUUGGUGAACGCUAAACCUGAAGCAAUAGCUAUCAUCGGCGGAGGGUUUUUAGGAAGUGAACUAGCAUGUGCGAUCGCUAAAAAAGGGCGCGACAAAAAUGUUAAAAUUCAUCAAAUUUUUAGAGAAAAUGGAAAUAUGGGUAAAAUUCUUCCCGCUUACCUGAGUGCUUGGACAAGUAAAAAAGUGGAGAAAGAGGGCGUAUUAGUUCAUAAAAAUUCGGAGCCGCAGUCUGUAUCAUUGACAAAUAAAGGUCAAUUGAAUCUGAAAUUAAGCUCUGGUGAAGAAAUUACAGUGGAUCACAUUGUGGUAGCUGUAGGAAUUGAACCAAACACCGACUUGGCCAAAACCUCGAAGUUAGAAGUGGACAAAGACUACGGUGGAUUUUUAGUCAAUGCGGAACUUGAAGCCAGAACAGAUCUCUAUGCGGCAGGGGACUGCGCUUGUUUUUACGACCCUGAUCUCGGGAGGAGGCGUGUAGAGCACCAUGAUCACGCCGUUGUCUCAGGACGUCUAGCUGGUGAAAAUAUGACUGGAGCAAGUAAACCGUAUUGGCAUCAGUCGAUGUUUUGGUCUGAUAUUGGUCCUGAGGUUGGCUUUGAAGCAAUUGGCAUUAUCGACUCUUCUCUUCCCACUGUUGGUGUCUACGCACUAGAAGCAGAAGAGGAUAGUAGGGAGGCCUCAUCAGAAGAUGAAAAAGACAAUUCCGAAAAAUCUGGAAUUGCUAUCAAACCUGAUAUCAAAGUGGUCUCCAAGGAUAAUGUUCCAGAUGAAAAAUUUGACAAAGGGGUCAUAUUUUACCUGAAAGAUGGAAUCAUUGUAGGAAUGGUUUUGUGGAAUAUCUUCAAUCGUAUGAUGGUGGCUCGACAGAUUUUAAAAGAACAGAGACAGUUCGAAGAUUUAAAUGAAGUGGCAAAGCUCUUCAACAUUCACAAAGACUGAGCACAAGCAGAAUUCAUCGAGCCAUAUUUAACGGCAGAUUUCCAAUUUUCUCAGAUUCCUCUCUGCUAACCUCAUUCGCAUAUUGUGUUGAUAUUUUGCUUCCUCGACUCUGAGAUGAAUUCAUAUAGACAAGUAUUAAUUUACUGUAAGGGAGAAUCGUAAAUUUUAUAGUUUGAAACAAACCAAAAAGUUCACUGUAAGCGCAGUUCAAAAACCAAUUCAUCACAGUCCAAGAAAAGUAACUUAUAAAAUUACAUCGGAAGAAACUUUUAUGUUGUUCAUCAAAAAAGUGUGCAAAGUCAAUAUCAAGGAUUUGCUAUUUUCAUGAUUGGAUUGAUUUUAUUAUUUUUCUUGUCUUGAAGACUAACUCAGGAUGAAGGCUUCCAGUUGUGUUUUAAAUCCUAACCUCUCAAAAACUAACCAGAGCUUUCGCUUGUCAUCUCCUUGACUUUAUCAGCUCAACUUCAGCUUAAUUUUCUCAAAUCAACGGUGAAAUUGCAAAACUGCCUAGGUAUCUUAGUUUUGGUGUUUCGAAAUCUUUGCUCCUAUUUCAAUAUUCAAAAGGAGACGGAACCAUUAUCAUGGUGUCAAAUGUUCACAGAAUAUUCCUUACAUAGAGAAGGAAACUCACCAAAGUUUUCCAAUAAAUGAGUUUUGUAGUUUUCUAUGAUGAAAAUUAAGUACGAAAAGAAGUCUGCAGUGCCGCAAACCAAGAUACACAUGUCUGCAGUUUUACCAUCGAAAUGUAAAUUUAUACUGAUGGAUCAAAUUAAGCACCUCUUUUUGCAUACUAAUACUUUGACUAACAAGUUAGAAGGGAAAAUAGUAGAAAAAAUUAAAUUUCCCUUCUACGGUAACAGAAUAUGCUCAGCAUUGAGAAGCCUUCAAUUUUUCUUUUUUACUUAUCCAAUUUUUGAGUUCUGUAAGACGCUCAGUUUCUAAAAGUUUGGAAUUCCCUCAAGUGCACAUUUUUUUGCCCUAUCCUUAAGAAUCACACGUUUCUUAUCACAAUCGAAUCGCAUAUUUUUCUUUCAUCAUCAGCUGUACAAAUAUUUUGUACUCGCUAGGAGGUCACCCUAUCCUCUUCUGUCUCGAGUAUCUUCAUUAUUUUCCCAUUUGAAUGGUGGCCCAUUCUGCAGUUAAUUUUCAAUGUAUUAUGUACACAAAGGCUUGUCCCAAGGAUUUUUGUAAGAUGAGUCUUUUCUCUUUUAAGACCCAAGUCUUUGCAGGGUGUCUAGUAUAAUACAUUUGGACGUAUUUCUGCCAAACGGAACUAUGUGUAUUAUGACGUGAGCCCUGUUUUGCAUAUAUUCUUAUGGGUCUUGGGGCUCAUGUCUAACUACACAUAGUUCCGUUGGGUAGAAAUACGCCCAUUUCUUCCCCCUGAUUUUUCCAGGUUUCCCCUGGUCUUGGAUUUUUCGUCUCUCUCAACUUUUUAAUCCGAAUCGGAAGAAACACAAAAACAAAAAUAGCUUAGGGCCAAGCACUGUUACAGAUUGGUCACAGCUCAAAAAUCUGAGGAAAAAAUUCUUUACAGACCUGUAGAGAGUACUGCAGGGCUUAGUAUCAUUAUAGUUAGGCAUAAAAUCACUAUCUUGCGUGGUUGGGGAUUCACCCGGUUACAUGUUUUUGCUCCCUGACUUCUUCCAAAUAAAUGUUAAUUCCCUGUUUUCCCGGUUGCUGGACACCCUGUUUCGAAAGUCUAAAGAGAUUUUUUGGAAUGUCUGAAAAAUUCUCAUUAUUUUCAGUCAGAAGUUCUGUUAGAAAUAUGGUAUCAGCUCUUGAAUAUUGUUUUGUUUGACCGUAUGAUACAUGAACCCUGUGCAAGUUUCAUUUUUUUAUCAAAUCCAUGAUGUAAGUUACAUCCAAUGAUCUCGUUUUCUUUUCCAGGGAAACUUUAUUACGCACCAGAGAAUAUUAAAACAUCUGUCAAGUAUGUACCAAGUUCCUAAGUCACCAAUGUAUUGACUAAAUAAUGCAGUGGGAAUAGCUAGGUUGGAAUAAUUGUCGCUCUGCUCUCGUAAAAGCGUACGUUAAUCUCAAUGUGAGCUCUGUUCUCUGUAUAACGAUUUGCUUUCCAGGGCUUACGUGGAAACAGAGAUACGCCCUUACGUCGGAGGAGUGACGAUUAAUGGAACAAGAUUGUUAAUCAGGCAAUAUUAAAAAUUAUGUUGCCUUGGGAUGAAGGCUACAAUUUGUUUUAAAAGUGAGUCAGUGAGAAAAGGUAACUCUAAUACUUAUUGUUUGAAGUUUCUACUGAAUGCAAGAAAAAAAGCAAUUUUUUUUUUUCAUUAAAAAGACCGAAAGACAAAGAAAUUAAAUAUAAUGUUAUAGGGCUAAAAUAUAGAUUUUGACGCCGAAUUGUUGUUUUCAAAGUUUACUUCGGCAACAACUAAUUUCUGUUUAAUAUCUCUCAUGUCUCAAUAUAUCUGAUCUAUCGUUACUGUAUACUCCUUCUCUGGAGGCUUCAAUCCUGGAAGUAGCUUUACCUCUUUCAUAACUCAGUUUAAGAUUCUGAUUCUCUUUGAAUUUGAUUUUUGAUUAAAGGAGCUAACAUGAAAAAAGAUUUUCAUAAAACUUCAGCUGUAGAACAAUGAUAUAGGGUUUUGGAUUUUCCUUAAGUCUCCAAGUGGCUGUUCGAUCAGGAUGUUUGUCUGUUUUUUGCCGCAUUAAAAUGAAAGGCAUUGCCCCCAAGGAAAUGAGCCUAUGAAAGCAAACCUUUUUUUUAUUUUACAUUUCGGAAAACAUGCCGAGACGAUACAAUUUGAUGACAUGCAUUGUGUAUAUUAAUUUCGUUGUGCUCAUCUCUCAUCUCUUGAAACUGUACAUUACUAAGAUUGAUGUAGAAUUAAGUGCCCUCUGACUAUAGCGAGUAUUUAGCUCAGACUACCUAUCUGCAUUUUGAAUCAUCUUGAUUUUAAUUUAAGUUUUCUCGUAGAAAUGAAUAUAUUUGAAUGUUUUUAUUUUUUAAA